AUAAUAACCAGGUUAUUAUGUCAUAGUCUUUGCUUGUCACCGCCCACCGUACGCCCCCCACGCGCGUGCGGAGCACAAAGGUACGCACCAGGGGCGGAGAUUUACAAGAGAGAAGACGAGAGAGAGAACGGCAGGAAGGGAGAAAGUUCAUUGCACUGAUUAAUUGAAUAGCACGGACCUCUCCGGGCGAAAGUUUUUUCCCAGCACACCUGUGUUGGUCGAGCAAGCGAACUUGCCGUGAACGCAGGCCGUUCGAGAAGACCCAGGCUAUUCGUGAAGUACUGCUGUAGUGGGAGUGGUGUCGAAGCAAAGUGGUGCCGUUCACUGGCACCACCGGCGUAGCUCAGAAUGGCGACUACCAGAAGAAAGCCUUCGUGGGUCCCUAGCGCCCUCAGCAACCUCAGCGACGCCUCCGGACAGUCCGACGGCAAAGGCGGCGACGUCGCAGGCGCGGAGUCGCCACGAGCACCGCCGGGGCAGAACCAGAACAGGCCACCGCGAUCAUCUGCGGCACAACAAGCGUUUCGACCCGUUUCCACCUUGGCGCCGGCAUAUGCCCCGUUUGGUGACGCCGCCGCUGCCGCCGCCGCUGCUGUCGCGUUUUCUGGCGGAACUGUCGCUCCUAUCAACGCUGUGCGGCCCAUUGGCACUGCGGAUGGGACAGCAGCAACAUCGAACAGUGUUCCGACGCCACCCAACACCGCCGAUGUGGCGGACCCUAUACCAUAUCGGCCGGGUUCAUCGAUGACGGACAGGCGUUGGUCCGACGUGCAUGCUGUCCUGGAGACAGUCAAUCAGCUAGCGCAGGAUAUUGCCGCAAAGGAGGCGGAGAUUUCAGGGGUCAAGCAAGAUCUGGAGAACGUGCAGGGGGCCAUUGAGGUCGGCGGCUCUUAUCGGGGGAAAGAGGGGGGUGCGCUGGCUUCGGUAGAGGAAAGGUUAGGCCACAGGGAGCGACUGCUGCGGGAGGAGAAAGCGCAGCUGCGAGAGGAAAAACUGGUGCUCUCGAGAUUUCUUACUGUCGUACCCGAUCAGAGAAGAGGAUCAGAAGCCGCACGACCCCAAAAGAGGAUCUCAUUGAUCAUGACGCGAUCGCACGCAGAUGACCCUACGCAAGAACAACGAAGGAUGUCUCGGGUCCAAGAACUGAUUCGGGAGAGACGGCAGCGCGUGAACAGCAGCGAGCAGCUCGGAGAUGAGGCCGGUGAAGACACCGUGUUCGAGAUCCACAAGAUGGAGGAGGACUCCAGGCUGCUCGUUAGGCUAAGCGCCUUCAACCCUCCCAUCCUGGUCGCCACGCUGUUGUCGGGUUUCACACUUGUGCUCUUCGACGUUGCUAAGACGGACCUUGCUCGACGACUGGCGCUCCUGUCCUUCGGGCUAGAGACGUCGUCCAGCACCAUGAUGUGCCUGAUCUCCUUCCGGGGGCAGCAGCUGUACGCACACUCGACAGACAUUAAGCCGCUAACGAGAAGGUUCCUGCGGAAGAUGUGCAACGUGACGGUGUUGGCCCUUGUGCUAUUUUUCUUGGGAGUCAUCGCUUUCGUCGUGUCGUUCGUGGUGGAAGCAAGUGAGGAAUUGGGCGUGGGGUGGCUGGCGGUUUUGGGGCUCGUCCUGUGCCCCACGAUGCUGGCCGGGCUGAUGUUUGUAAUUAGCACUGUACAGGUGCGGCGGCACUCAAUAGAGUCUGUUCCCCCCUGCGCCAGGCAGUAGAAGAUAUUGUAGCCAUUCAGUUUUGUGCAUAACACACCAGAAUCACUUACCUUGUAGCUCAGUCCAUAUAGAUGGUUUGGUCGUGUGCCUUCGCAGAUCGUGUUCAACGGCAUGCACAGGGCUCUAAUUUGAGCAAUGUUUUGGACUUCGGGAUAAGUAGGCAAAACAAUUCGUCGACCGUUGGGUCCUGAUACAUUUUUUUUUUUUAGAACGUGCGUGCCAAUUCUGGACGUCCCUUCUGGCACGACGUCGAUACUUGGUUGAUUGGGAGUAUGAGGUGGGGUUUGUUGAUGAAGCAUUUUGAUAUCUUGUCCGUAACCAAACUGACAUACGUGUUGGUGCCGACAACCUGGAAUUGAAGGAGGAUGGGUUUGGGGCGGGUUCCGGUGGGUGUAGAAGAGUUUAGUGUAGAAACGCUAGACCCAUCGGGUAUUUUUUUGGCAAGCACAGCGUGAAGUAGGUGGGCGUCCCACAGGUCUGUCUCGCCUCGGAUUGAGGCAUGAGUUUGGCCCAUUGAGGAUGCAGGAUGCCAUUGUCGUAUACAAAGAAGAAAUUUCAAUAGCCGUCCCCGGUUGGAUACGUUGAGAGAGCCGAGGGCGAUGCAUGCAUCAUGAGGCGUCCCCUCCCCCUGUCGUUGUUACACGAUUGAUCGCGGGGAAGCCGCGAACGUUUGCGGCGUUGGCAGUGUCCGGCCUCGUCCCCGUUGUAUCUGUCUGCAACUUCGCUGUGCGUACCCUUCGUCUGGGUGUCGUGGAGGCCGAAGUCGGCAAGAAUAACCUGUAGGUGUACUGUUGACGUCAGUGAGUGUUCCACGUUAGGGUGCACGCGACGGAACGGGAUACGGCAGUCUUGCAAGACUGUGCAGUACCUGGAUGUCCGGCAUUGUUGCAGGGCCGCGGGAAGAAAGAACAGGAACGUGGGUUUGUGAAUGUCAUGCCGCCCUUCGCGGCAUGUUCGGGACGAUUGCUAGUAACGAUUGGACGACUUCAAGCUCGCCUUUCCCCUCGUCGCUAUAUGUCGCUGCCAAACCUCCUUGGUUUUGGCGAAAGGGUGAACCACUAUUUAUUGGAGAAGUAGUACAUACAGCAGUGUAUUUAGAGUUUGGGUGGUGGGUUUAACAUUUCGAGAUUAUUUUGCAUCUUGUUUCCUGGAGAUUAUUGAGUAAGGUGGCAACGGGCGCAUCCACUUGGCAAUACCUAAAAUGUUGGCCAGCGUAUCAGCACCGACUGGGCGCAUCAGGAAGGAAGUUACAUUGUUGAUUCAGUGGAACCCAUUUAGUUUUUUCUGAUUUGAUUUUCGGGUUCAAUAUCUUAUCGCCCAGCUCUGCUAGUUCUGUCGAUUUCUUGUUUUGUACUCCCUGUUCAGUACCUUUUCAAAAUGUAGCGUGAUUGUGUUGUAUGAGGAGAGGCUUGAUUUCAUUAAAUUCGAAGCCGCACCGAUAGGUCAGCACUGUGCCGGGAUAGAGAGGACCAUGCAUACAGCACACAGCUUUGAUUUAUUUAUUUAACAAGUUCCGUUUUUCUUGGUCGUUCCAUCUGUUUUGGGCCCCAGUCUUGACACCUGUUGGCAUGUGUUUGACGCACCUCCCGGGUGAAAACAUUCUCUACCUUUCUUUCCUCCCCUGUGGUGCCUGCCUUUGGCCCUUUGAGUGAGAAGGCUUCAGCGUUUUCUUCCGUCUUCGUUGAGUAGCGUACGAAUAGAUUAUGCUCUUUUCGUUUUCUUUGUCCAAGUUGUUUCAAUUUCGGAGAGAUUGGACACAUAGCCCAGAGCCAGAAGUUUUUUUGUCAUCUUUGGUUGCUUUCGGCAGAGGUUUUCUAUUUUUGUUCUAGAUAGCACUCGCUCAUCGUUUUGUCCCUGUCCUUCUUGUCCGCAACCCGACAAUCUCGUUCCGGACGAGUUCAACUGCGAACGGUCCACUUUAGGAGCUCUUCAAGCAUUGAUGGUGUUUCGUUCUUGUGCGCAGCAUUUAUCUGUGCAAGAAUUGGUGGCGUUCAAAAGCGUCCCAUGUCGAU